AUGGCCACAGUUAAAGGGGACCUGCCACUCGGCGUAGACUUUGAGAGUACAACGUUUGAUCCAAGGAACGUCGAGGCUGUGAGGAUCUUCAACCAAUGUGUGUUUAAGCUAGGUGUACAGUGUGAGCCAGACGUCGAACAACACCUGUUCCCGUGGCUCACGAGAACACCUCCAACCAUCACAAAGAAUGGUAAUAGAGUGCCUCUGUUUCAAUAUCCUGAGAAAGGGUGUAUACUAAGCAGCAUUCACUCACAGCUACACUCUAAGGGAAUCGUCGUGAGUGCAACAGAGAGGCACUUCAAGGGACUUAUCCACCUCAUUACGUACCUUAGGGUCCUUGAGGUUGACAUACCUCUACAAAUUGUUCACAAAGGUGACAUUUCAGAGUUCGUUGAAGAGUCCUUGAACAAACUGGCGAGUGCUGACCUCAUCAACGAUGAGGAGGUUUCCAAGUUACUGAAUGUGAAAGAACUCGGUUCAUCCCUACCUCCAUUGGAGAUUAUGUUUGUUAACGUUUCAAAAUCGAUAUCUGGGGACUUCAAGUAUGCCUUCAACAAAUUUGCCAACAAGUUCCUGGCGUACAUGUUCAACUCCUUCAGCGAGAUGAUACUCAUCGAUGUUGAUACUGUGCCCUUUGUACCAUUACAAGAGUUUUUCAACUUGGCACGUUAUAAGCACCAUGGAGCCUUGUUCUUCAGAGAUAGAACUGUCCUAUCAAAGCAUCCAAUCGAGGGCACUCCCGAGUUCUUUGAGAGCCUGCUACCACACGCUAAGGACAGCAUAUAUGGAAUCCAGUUGCCAACAGAGAAAACACUAUCGUUGCCGUUCUUUAGUGGUUUCCACCACUUACAAGAAGCUGGCGUUGUCGUUGUUAACAGAACUCGCAAGUUCUAUAGCGCUCCUAUGGCCAUCAGCAUGGUGCUGCACAAGAACUCACUGACAACAAGAGUAUGGGGAGACAAGGAGCUUUACUGGUUAUCGCUAUCAGUAUCCGGUGACGAGGACUAUCACUUCAAUGGCAAUGCUGCUGCCUCUCUGGGUGAAAUUCCAACAGAUCCAGAGAGAACACACUACCCAGAUUCACACCAGAUUGAAUUGUGUUCAAAUCAUCCUGGCCAUAUAGAUGAUUCUGAUAACCACACUCUGCUUUGGAUGAACUCUGGUUUCACGUUUUGUAAAAGAAGCGCAAUCGAUAUAGACAACCCAUUCUACAAGGGAAUGAACAUCACUGAGAUCAGUGAAUUCAACAAGUCGCCUUUAAAGAUCAAACAUGCACUCAUACCACCUGAAGGAUACAACAAACCGAAUCUGGAUUUCCAACAGAUACCGUGGGGACCUUGGAUAGCGAGAGACUACUGUGAAAUGUAUACAAUCUGUGCUUAUUAUCAGGUAGGGGAAUCGAAAGGACUUCGGGUUGAUUUCACAGAUGAAGAACAAGACAGAUUUGAGCACUUGGGAAUUGCCUGGUCAAAUGCACCAGUAGUGAUGAAAAUAUUGAGAAGUAGCCAUGUUUAUACUAGAUAG